AUGUUCAGCCACGCGGUCGUGCUGGCGCUGCUCAGCUUGCUCUGGAUCAAGAAUAACUUUGCGUUGCAGAACUGGUCUGCUCUCUCGGCCUUCACUUACGGAGAUAAACCCAUAAGAUGUGAAGAUUACGUGCGUAGCAAAUUGUGCAUGGCUCCAAUGGACAGGGGACCUUGUCACAAGAGAUUGGAACGAUACGCGUACGACCCGGAGCGGAAUAAAUGCGUUCGGUUCGCUUAUGGAGGCUGCGGCGGAAAUGCAAACAAUUACGAAACAGUGGAAUGGUGUGAACUGCUCUGUGCUUACCCAGUGAACUCUUUCCUUGCGGGUCGUGUGGCGUCAGUGUGCUAACACAAGUUGUCCAGACAAACAAUGAAUGAGCCAAAGUUCGUGUGAUGAACUUGCAGUGAUUAGUCUCAGUUUGCUGGACUUUGUUUCUCCACCGUCUACAUCUAAACGGCGCUAAACGACAGGACUUUGCAAUCGGAAAAGUUACCAUAAGGGAUUGUUUAAUACACUACUGAAAUAAUGAUCUACUUGGUCCCAUAGGCUACGCUACUUUGAAUGUUUCAUCGAAAAUUUAUCAAAAAUGAAUAACCAUACGAACUUUAUGG